GACUAAUUUUACUAAACCUUUAUUUCCCGCCAUUUUAAUAAAUCUGUGUUGUGAAAGAAAAAAUACUGUCAAUAAUGCCAAGCAUCGAAGACUGGAUCAACGACCCACUGGGUAUCAUACAGAACAUAUUUGAUAAACAGCAAAAUUUAGAAAGCAGUAAUGUGAAAAACUAUUUUACAGAAAAAUUGAAGACCAAAAAUGCAUUGACAUGGAUUCCAAGCCUAAAUGACAGUAGCCUUCACACUCUGAAGCCCAACUCCCUGGUGCGUUUCCGAUGCAUGGUGCAGGACAUGUUUGACCCAGAAUUUUAUCUGGGCUCUUACGAGGUCAAGGACAUUGUGACAGGGCAGACAACCAUGAAGUCUGGCAAAUACAAGGACAUUGCAGAGUGUGGGGCAAAUCAGUCGAUUGAUCUUGACUCGAUGAAUAACAAAACGAUGGACAGAAUGACGCUCUACUGUGUACCAGUCCCUGGCGAGUCAAAUUGGGUCAAGACAGCUAAUACUGACAUGAGCAAAGUGAAAACCAAGUGCUACCCUUCUACCUCCCAGACCCCGAUGCGGUGCAAGCGUAACAGGGACAAUAACGAAACCAUGGAAACGUCCCCUGUGGACAAUUCUGAAGACAGUUGUCAAGGUCAACCAUUUUCCAGUGUAGUUGGGGACACAGACAUAAUGGAAAUGGAUUCCAUUGAAAUCAAGAGGAAGCAAACCAAUAAAAGUGAACCUGGUAGUUCCAAGAUUCCUGACCUGAAUUUCCCGUUGCCAUCGGAAACUGGACCAGCUUGCCUUGUUAAGGUGUAUGAUGACGUAGACAGUUUCAAGGUCAACGAUGUGGUUGAGUUUGUGGGGGUAUUGUCUGUAGACCCUUCCCUUGCCAUAUUCCCGGGAAAUGGGGAUGGAGAUCACCCGCUCCUGGGUGGAGUUGAGGAGUCUAUAGAGGAGCUUCACGCCCAUGCCCCACCCCCCUCCUUGGUGCCACGCCUCCAUGCUGUAUUGUGCAAUCACCGGGCACAUGUCAACCCUCUAGUGCCAAACACUGGAACUGAGGAGUACAGUACAGUUCUAGAGAAUAUUCAAAGAGAGGUAACCACGCUCCGGGAAGAGUUGCUGUCCAUUCUGGAGCUGUCGUUGCUAGGAGACCGACUGGCUGCCGAGUACCUGCUGUGUAACCUAGUGGCCAGCGUAUAUGGACGAGCAGACGUCAUGCCCCUGGGCAAGUUUGGCCUCAACCUGAGCAACUGCCCCAGUACCCCUACAUACUCCCAGCUGCUUCAUCAUCUCAUAUCUAACCUCGUCACUCAGACCCAUCUAGUGCACAUGUCUCUGGACAACAUGAACAAGCUGCCGUUCUCCCCACACAAAGAUUACACAGCCAACAGACUGUGUUCCGGAAUUCUGCAGCUGGCCUGUCGGACCAACUUGGUGUUGGACGAGACCUCUCUGGGGGCGGGGCAGCUGGAUGUGCAAGGUGUGAAGAACCUGGCAGCCCUAGGCAACCUCAUCACGUGGCAGAAGGUGGAGUAUGACUUCAACUUCCACCGCCAGGAAUUCAUGGCAGAUGUGUCUGUUCUCAUAUUGUCAGAGGGAAGAUCAAUCUUACCUAGUGAUUGCCUGUUGCCGCUCCAAUACUCCGGUGCCCCGGACGACCUGCGCACCCACUUCACGCAGCUUGACUCUCGACUCACGGAGGACUUUCUCAGGCGAUGUCGCACAUACCUGGGCCUGGCUCGCAACCUACAGUACUCCAUGAAUGAUGACAUACAGAAGAAAAUUCAGGACGACUUUGUUGACAUGAGGAAAGACGACCCCAAGAACAUGACGGUUGAUGACUUUCACUCUCUGCUGUCACUCACCAGGCUGCUGUCACUGAGUGAUCUCAAGUCGAGUCCCACCAGUGAGAUCUGGAGUCGAGCCAAAGUCCUUGAGAACAGUCGCAAACAGCGCGUCUCUCAGCUGCCAACUAGGGAGCGAUCAGCAUAGCAAAGCAAAUCAAUGCAGCCCAUACUGCUAGUUGCCUUUGUAUAUUGUUAAAGAUGCUUCGUGAAUAAAUUGACUCCCAUUA